AUGCCACUGGCGGUGCGAAGCUCUCUUGAAGCCAGACGUGUUAUUCGCGAAGCAUUUGAAGGCCUCGAAAAGGUCAUAUCCCCGAGCGAAGCGAAGGACUUUCACAACACUACACUACAGAACGUUCAAGAUGCCGCACUUGAAAUUGAAAGUAUCCUUGCUGCAAGACAGUCUCUGAGAAAUAUGCGGCGUCUGUCGCCUCUGUUUGAAGGACUGAAAUGCUACGCUGAAACCAUAGAGGUCCUAUGCAAUGGAACUCCCUACCUACCAUGGAUUUGGGCUCCCAUUAAGCUUAUUCUCAAGGCGAGCAUUGUUUCCUCAGAUUAUACAGAUGCGUUCGAGAGAAUCAUCAAAGCCUACUCAGAGAUUGCCGAAUCACUGCCUAGGUUUCAUAUAAUAUCAGAUGCACUUAGAAACAGUAAAGAGAUGCAGCAAGUUCUGGCAGUAUUCUACGCCGACAUCUUGACAUUUCACAAGGAAGCGUACAUCUUCGUUCGACGAAGCGGUGAGACAACAGCAGCAACUAUAUUCUUCGCAUUCGGCUCAAGUUCUGAUAGUUCAACAGGUUGGCGAAUAUUGUUCCUCACGUCAUGGGGCCGAUUCCAACGCCGAUUUGAUUCCACCCUUGAAGACUUGCAGAAACAUAAGAAACUCAUCGACGAUACUGCGAGCGCGAUAAACCUGAGCGAGACUGUCAAGAUGAGUGGGAAUCUGCAAGCAUGGCGUCAGGAAAAACUUGACAAGCUAAAGUCCCUAGAGGACGAGCAAACUGCCAAGCAGUAUCAAUCAAUAAUCGGAUGUCUGAAGAUCGACGAGACCGAGCAACUCGCUAUUCUCGAUGCCAUUUCCUCCGAAGGAAACAAGUACGAUGGAACUUGUGACUGGGUCUCUAGACACAUCCAUAUACGUGAGUGGCUCAAAGAGACGCCCACAACAGAUUUCGUCUGGUUGCAUGGGAUUCCUGGAACCGGAAAAAGUGUUAUAGCAACACAAAUCGUCAAAUUCCUCCAGAGCAGCGGGAAGGCCAUAGUUAUUCAGCAUUUCUGCACCUACACCCACUUGUCUUCCAUCCAAUAUGAGACCAUACUCAGGUCAUUACUGGUUCAGCUCAUGCGAACCAAUUCCGAUCUUAUCGCUCACGCGUAUGCCGAGUUUGUUAUCGGGAAAAAGCUACCUACUAGCCAAUCCUUGGAGCAGUUAUUGUUGGCAUUUGGUGGUGCUGUCUCCCCCAUACCCUCAAAAUUCAGAUCAAUUCACCUGGUCAUUGAUGGCUUGGACGAGUGCGAACCGGAUCAACAGGGACGAAUUGCAAAUUUGCUCGAGAAGCUUCGCGGUCUUCGAUCUUCAGCCUCAUCUGUGUUCAAGAUCCUACUGUGUAGCAGACGCACACAGCCGCUGGAGAAACGACUACGAAAACGGACCAUUCAAGUUGUGUCCAUGACGAACGAGAAGGGAAGCAUUGAGCUUGCAAUACGGACAUAUGCUAACCAAAGGCUCAGAGCGAUCCGUUAUCGUCUCUUUCAGAUGGGUCUGACAGAUUCGGAUUUACGAGAUAUCAGUAUCAAUAUUGCGCGAAAGGCAGAUGGUAUGUUUUUGUGGGCACGUCUGGUCCUUGACUACCUGUCAACAAAUAUAUUGAGCUCCCGGGAUGAGGUGCGAGGAGCAGUGGAUAUGUUACCGGCCAAGCUGGGCGAAUUGCAUGUUGAACCCCAUCUACCUUCAGAAGCUACGCUCGCAUUCUUGCUCAGCUUACUUCACGCUUCGACCAAAGCAUUCGCCAAACGACCAUUGACCAGGGCUGAGAUGAGAUCUGCCUUGGCUUUUAGCUGGGGGGAUCACAUGGUGGAAGAAGCCGUACCCCGGCACAUAUUCGAAUUUGGGGCACCAUUGCUAGAGGAGCACCCUGAUACCACCUUUUCAUUCGUGCACAUUUCACUUAAGGAGUACCUUCAGACCCCCGGGUGCAUCCUUUUCCUUGACCGAUCGGCCGCAACCCAUGAGCACGCAACUGCCACCAUUACGUGCCUUGUGUCUGGCUUCUGGAUAUUUUCAGGACAGUUGGCAGACGAUAACCGUAUUCUUCGCAUAGUGAAGGGAAUCCACGGCCUGCAUAUCUAUUCCAACCAGUUCUGGCUGGAUUGUUUCCUGGAUACUGUAUCUACAGCCCGCGGGCUUGUCCACGGCUCACCUUUACACCAGGUCGCACAGGCGCUCGCAAACUUCUUACGCCAUCAACCUGCUAUGCUAACAAGCUCAACCUCUGAGAAUUCUGAAAACACGGCUGGUGCGGAUAGUCGUCUUCAGUAUCUCAAGGAACACAACGUCAUAUAUGAGAUGGCCCGAAGAGAACUUGGGGAACGAGUCGCCCGUGCGAAAUUGCUGAUGACCGAGAAUGGAGGUACACGCACAGCCCCAGUGCGCUGCCCACCAAAUGAUCUUCAAAGCUUGCUUCUCGCUAUACAAUCCAGUAUCAAGAAUAUCUUGGCUCUCACCAGCAUCUCGGGGAUAUCCCCAGAAGAUCUCGAUCGCUUCAAAAAGGAGUUUCGCACAUCGGCUUUCACAUGUCGCUUUCCAAAUUGCCCAAGGGCAGCCCUAGGAUUCCCCGACGAGAAGGCGAAGUCUGAACACGAAACCAGGCACACACAGCGUAUUAACUGUGCCGUUGUGGGUUGUCAAUACCCGCCAUUUGUUUCGGCUCGUGCUUUAAGAGAUCAUAUCUCAAAAUGCCAUCAACCUCAAAACACGAUUCGCAAGAGGAUCAGGCGCGCAUCAGGAGGAAACCUUUCUCUCGGAGUAGAGAUGGAAAAGCGUACUGCUCCGCCUGACCCAUUGGAAGAUGCGCUUGCCUUGGAAGAAUUCCACUUUGGUUUUGAAAAUGUCUUUUCGGACCGUCGGGAAAGUCUUCAUACACCGUCGCCCAAAAUGUCUUUCUUUGCGGACAACGAAACAAUCAUCCACUCCAGGGCCACGCCAAUAACAUACACAUUCUCUUUCCCUCCCGACCGCCCCUUUUGUCCGCCGUAG